GUUUCAUUUGGGCUCAACUGCAGUGGAGGGCUCAGUGCAGCCUGUGAGCCAAGCUACUCCAUCUCUCUAUCUCCAUCUUUUGAUGUAGAUGGACCACCACUGCUGCUGGCACCAGGAGUGUCAUUCAGUUAUAAUGUAACCAUCCGUAACACGGCCCAGGACGAUGGAGUGAGUCCCAUUCUGGUACUGGAUCUGGGGAAUGGGAUUAUCCUCAACAGCACUACUUCUCGUUCGGCUGGAGAUAAUGUUAGUUGUGAGUCCAGCACGACACCAAAGCCACGGUGUCCACUGAGAAACCCUCUACAUUCCAACACAUCUAUAAGCCUGACUCUGUGGUUCAGAUUCAACACCACAGCCGUCCCUCUCUCCACCUCCUUUCUCCCCCUCACCAUCUCGGUGGUGGACGGCUCAACCGGCAACACAUCUACCAGCCGCACCACUGAAAUCUUUCUCAGAGCCGAGGCCUCUCUAGGGAUCGGAGUCAUGUGA